AACACUGUUCUGUCAAUUAUUUUGACAGAAUUGUUGGCUACAGGUGUUUUCCACGUGUGUUCUAAAACAAGAGGAUGUUAGCCGAACCGCGACGAAAGCAGAAAUGGUCGAUUGAUCCCCGAAAUACAACGUGGAGCAAAGAUGAGUCUCGUUACGGGGUGAAAAUGUUGGAAAAAAUGGGUUGGAAAAAAGGAAAAGGACUUGGAGCAGAUGAAGCUGGUUCAACAGAUAUUGUUAAAGUGUCGGUAAAAAAUGGAACUCGUGGCGUUGGAUUCACUCAUAUUCAUGAGAACAACUGGGUUGCCCACCAAGAUAGUUUCUCAGAGUUGCUGGCUAACUUAAAUCAAAAUCAAAAUGAAACUGAAACCCCAACGACAGAAAUUUCUAGCCUUGCAGAAAAAUCAAAACUUCAAAAAAGAAUUCAUUACAAAAAGUUUGCAAAUGGAAAAGAUAUUUCCAAUUACAAGUCAGCUGACAUGGCGGCCAUUUUUGGUCAAACUGCUACACAAGCUCCUAAUAAAACUCAACAAAUUGAAAAAAAAGAAGAACCAACAGAGGCAAAAUUCACAACUACCUCACAAUAUAGUGUACAGGAAUACUUUAAAAUGAAAAUGAGUGCAAUUCAAAGUAUGUCUGUUAAAAAACCAACUGAAGAAGCAUUGAAUGAUGUGGAACUGCCGAAAGAAACAGAAAUUUUACCGAAAAAAUCAAAAAAGAAAAAGUCAAAAUCAAAGGAAACAGAAAAUAUUAAUUCAAAAAAAAGAAAAAAGAAAGACAAAAAGUCACGAAAUAAAAAAGCAAAAAUUUCUAGUGUAGCCGAAGACUGCGUUAGCAAUGACAAAGCCAACCAAAGAUGAUAUAUUGUUUCUAUGUUGCAUUAUCCAUAAAUAGUUGUUUUAUAGGCAAUUAUGAAAACUUUUUGUUUUUAUGAUUUUUGCUGAAUUUAUCACAAUAGAAUGAAUUAACAUGAGGUCUACUCGAAAGUCUCAAAUUUCCU